ACACGCGCCGGCCGCGGUGUUCCGGCCCUUCUUAGGGACGUCCGAACUAAACACGUUCUGUCUUUACACGGUGCCGUGAAGUCAUUCUGCUUACUGAUUCUUCCCUAAAGUAAUGAAAGGUUGACAUUGAGUAAUUGUGAGAGGGCUUUAUUUUACCUGAGACUUUGACACGUGUGCAAAAUGGCACUUGCCCAAAUACCCCGAUUUCGUGCCUAGCAUGAACAUUGCAUCUAGAAGUCAAAGCAGUAUGUUUGGCGUUUAGUCCUCCUGUAAUGAUCCGUGAAUCACGCCUUGGUUUCAGGAAGGAGUGAGUUGUGCCUUAUGGCUGCUCCAGGAAAGGUGGCAGCUUUCCGUCUGCCUCCCCUACCAACUAUUGGAGAGAUUAUUAAACUCUUUCGCCUUAAAGCACUGAAGCAGCUUUCCCAGAACUUUCUACUGGAUUUGCGAUUAACAGACAAGAUAGUGAAACAGGCUGGCGAGCUGAAAAAUGCUCAUGUUUGCGAAGUGGGCCCUGGGCCAGGAGGAAUUACCAGAUCCAUUCUCAGUGCUGGUGUUGAACAACUCCUUUUAAUUGAAAAAGAUGCUCGAUUUAUUCCAGGAUUGCAGAUGCUAUCUGAAGCAGCUCCAGGAAAAGUGCACAUCGUUCAUGGAGAUAUCCUGACUUAUAAGAUGGAGAAGGCUUUUCCAAAACACUUAAAAAGGAACUGGGAGGAUGAACCACCAAAUAUACAUAUCAUUGGGAAUCUGCCCUUCAGUGUUUCAACUCCUCUAAUCAUCAGAUGGCUUGAGAAUGUUUCGAAAAGGGAUGGACCUUUUAUUUAUGGCAGGACACAGAUGACGCUGACUUUUCAAAAGGAAGUUGGGGAGAGACUUACAGCUAAUCCAGGAAGCAACCAACGCAGCAGACUGUCCAUCAUGGCUCAGCAUCUCUGCGCUGUGGAAAACUGUUUUGUAAUUCCAGGUGAAGCCUUUGUUCCAAAGCCAGAGGUGGAUGUGGCUGUGGUGCACUUCACUCCAUUGGUGCAACCAAAGAUACAGCAGCCAUUUGAGCUGGUAGAAAAAGUGGUUCAGAGUGUUUUUCAGUUUAGAAGAAAAUACUGCUUCCGUGGAAUUGAGACUUUGUUUCCUGAAAAUGGACGCCUGAAAAGAACAGAACAGCUGAUGAUGACAGCAAAUGUUGAUCCAACGCUGCGUCCUUUUCAGCUCUCUAUGUCACAGUUUAGAAACCUGUGCAAUGCAUACAGGAAAAUGUGUGAUGAAGACCCAAGCCUUUUUGUGUUCAACUACAGAGAAGAGCUACGGCAAAAGAAGAUGACAAGAAGUUUAGUAGAAAGUACUGGUCAGCCUGAACAGACUGAAGAGGAAAAUCAGCUGUAACAGCACAAGUCUGAUUUUUUUUUUUUUCCAUUAGUUUUCACUCCUUGAUCAACAGGUGUUGACUCAGUAAAGGAAGGCUUAGAUGUUCCUACAUCUCUGCAGAUAUGAAAGACCUACUUUUGAGAAAGUGGUAGGGAGAGAGGGCAUCUCUAUUCUAUUCAGCUGCAGACAAAAGGGAAACGGCAAUCCAGGUUCUUUUUACUUCAGGGGAAUGGCUAGAACACAUACCAAGAAACAAGGUACAUUGUGAGACAGGUAAUUAAGUUUCAAUACUUCAGAUAUAAUUGAAUUUUGUAUGAAUGAAAGUGCUUUACUGAAAUGGAAGAAAAAUACUUUUUCAGACAUCAAGAUACAAGAUGGUGUUUUGUGCUUUUUUUUCCUGGAACAUCCUACUGUGCAGAGUAAUUUAAAAAGCAGGAGCCAAGACUCUUAUAAAUACACUCAAGUGACUGGCUUACGGGAGGAUAAAGUGCACCAAUUGCCUCAAGGUCUGCUAAUACUCUUCUCAUUUAUGCAGAAGCAAAGAAUUUGGGAUUUAAAGCUCCAACUACAGAAAAGCAGCACAAUAAAAAGAAAACAUGGCUGAGUACAAUACUUAAUUGUCUUUUACUGUACAGGCUCAUAGAGAAAAUAAAAAAUACAGUCAAAUAAAA